GUCCCUGCAGUGGGUGGCUGCUGCCAGGUCCUGGGCCAGUUCUGAGGAUGAGGCCCAGGACCUGUGACCUCACAGUGGCACAGGGGGUAGUGUCACACAGCAUGCCAGGGACACAGGAUGGUGAAGAGCAUGGCACAGGAAGGCUGCGGUGAGGACUGUGGGCAGCAGCAGGAGCAAGUGCUGCUGAGGAGAGGGCCACAGCCCCACAGAGCUCUGCCCUGCUCUUCCAGCUGCCCCAGGCCAGGCCUCUCCUGUGGGCACCAGGUGCUCCUCGCACAGGGAGUGGCAGUGCCAGUACCAUGGGAUGUGAGAGAGUGGCCAAAAUAUGGCACGUCAGGGGAGGUUCCUGCACCUCAGGAUCAGCCUGAAGGCUCCUGCAGAGGCCUGCCAGGGGCAAAGGAGACACUGCCAGAGCUGACCAGCUCCAUCCAGCAGCUUCAGCAGGAGACACAGGACUGGCAGCCCAAGGACCAAAGGCAAGCAUUGGUGCUGGAGCCACAGGAUGGGGAGCCCAGAGCAUGCCAGGACACACAGCAGGAGGAUCUGGACCCAGCUCAGAUGCUGGCCAUGAUAGAGGCAUUGCAGCUGGACCUGGACUUCUGCAGGGAGACAAACCACAAACAGCUGGUCCAGCUUCAGGAGCAGGAGCGUGCAGUGGAGCAGGAACACCAGGAGUUGGUCAUUCUGACGCAGCAAUUCCAGGCACUGCUGGGCAAGAUCAGUGAUGCAUCCCUUGACCUGAAGGAUCAGGCAGUGCAGACAGAGGUCACCUCCUACCUGGCUGCCCACAGUGAUUUUGACAGCAGCCAUGACAUCCCACCAGAGACCAGAGAGCUGCUCAAGCAGCUGGGGGCACAGGGGCAGAGCCAGGGCCUGCAGCACAGCCCAGCCCGGCUGCCAGAGCAGAUGGGAGCCACCCAGGCCCAGGAGCAGCAGGGUCUGCAGCAGCUGAGCAGAGACAAAGAGGCCAUCCAAGGUCUACACCAAAAAGUGGCAGAGCUGCAACAACAGCUUUGCUGGCAGGUGCAGGACAUGGAGAACCUCCAGGCAGAGCUGGACCAAGCUCAGCAAGAGAGUGCCAAACAGGCAGAAAAGAUUGCAGCCUACAAGACACACAGGCAGCAGCUUCAUCGGCAGCUGAGGAAGAUGCAGAGCUUCAAGGAGCAGAACAAACAGAAGACCUCCUCCCUCCAGGAGAGGCUGCAGGAGCUGAGCAGCCUAGUCCAACACUGGCAGCAGCUACACCUGGACCGUGAGCGAACUCUGGCUCAGCGAGAAGAGGAGCUGGUUGUCUGCAAGGUGGAGCUGGCUUUCCUUAAGGAAGAACUCAGCAAGAAGACAAAGCAGGUGCAGGACACAAACAGGCAUUCAAGAACACACUACAGGAUGCAGGAGGAGAACCUGUACCUGAUGAUCAGAACACCUAAGCAGCCCCACAAGUGUGAGCAGCUGAAAAAGUUCUACAGGGCAACAACCUGACAGCACCAGCCCUGCAUAAUUCUGUAGAGCUACCUGCACCCAAUAUCCACCUCCAGGACAACAAGCAGUGCAAAACAAAGCAAGGAUUAAACUGACAACCUUUA